UUGAGGAACUAUCAAUGUAUUUUGGCCAUGAUGUUUGCCAUUGAGGAGAUCAAUAACAACCCCUUUCUUUUGCCCAACACAUCCCUGGGAUUUGAGAUCCACAGUGUCCCACACGGUCAAAGAAACACUUUAGCCAAUAUUUUUGGCUCACUGGCAGGGUCCAAUCAUGCCAAUCCUAACUAUAGAAAUGCAAGAAAGAGCAAUUCAGCUGCUGUACUUACAGGACCAUCAUGGGCAAUAUCUGAAGACAUAGGGACACUGCUGGAUCUUUACAAAUUUCCACAGCUUACUUUUGGGCCUUUUGAUAGUCUCCUGAGUGAACAAAGACAGUUUUCUUCUCUGUACCAGGUGGCACCCAAGGACACAUCUCUGACUUCUGGCAUUGUAUCCCUGAUGUUUCAUUUCCACUGGACCUGGGUGGGGUUAUUAAUCAUAGAUGAUGACAAAGGUGCCCAGAUUCUGUCAGAUUUGAGAAGUGAGAUGGAUAAAAAUGGAGUCUGCAUAGCAUUUGUGGAAAUGAUCCUAGUCAACAGGGGUUCAUUUUUUACCAAAGCCUGGAAACAUCAGGCACAGAUCCUGGAAUCAUCAUCAAAUGUGAUUAUUAUUUAUGGGGACUCUGAUACUCUGUUAAGCUUAAUAGUAAAUAUAAAGCAGAACUUACUUAUGGGGAAAGUCUGGGUCCUGAACUCACACUGGGAUUAUUCCAAAUUUGAUGAUUAUUUCAUGAUAGAUUCAUUGCAUGGGGCUCUUAUUUUUUCCCACCACAAUGAGGAAAUUAUUAAUUUUACAUAUUUUAUUCAAACAGCCAAUCCGUCCAAGUACCCAGAAGAUAUUUAUCUUCAUGUAUUGUGGCACACAUUCUUCAAUUGCUCGUUUUUUAGGAAAGAUUGCAAAAUUGCACAGAACUGUUUACCUAAUGCCUCCUUGGAAUUCUUGCCUGGGAACAUAUUUGACAUGGCCAUGAGUGAAGAGAGUUACAAUGUAUACAAUGCUGUCUAUGUUGUGGCCCACAGUCUUCAUGAGAUGAUUAUCAAUCAAUUUCAAACUCAUGGAAAAGGAAAAGAGAUAGCAUUCUUCCCCUGGCAGCUUCACCCUUUUCUAAAGAACAAAUUCAUCAAUCAUGCUGGAGACAACGUAGUUCUGGACUGGAAAAGGAAAUCACAUGUACAGUAUGACAUUUUCAACUUUUGGAAUUUCCCAAAAGGUCUUGGGCUGAAUGUGAAAGUAGGAACAUUUUCUCCACAUGCUCCAGAGGGCCAGACUUUGUCCAUAAUUCAUGACAUGAUACAAUGGGCCACCAGAUCGACAGAGAUUCCACAGUCUGUAUGCAGUGAGAGCUGUCAUCCUGGAUUCAGGAAAACCUACCAGGAGGGCAAGGCUGCCUGUUGCUUUAACUGCACUCCUUGUUCAGAGAAUGAGAUUUCCAAUGAGACAGAUAUGGAUCAGUGUGUGAAGUGUGAAGAAGCUCACUAUGCAAACACAGAGAAGACACACUGCCUACAGAAAACUGUGACAUUUCUGGCCUAUGAUGACCCCUUGGGGAAGACACUCAGCUUUAUGUCUCUGGGCUUUUCCUCAUUCACAGCUGUUGUUCUUACGGUGUUUCUGAAGAACAGAGACACCCCCAUUGUCAAGGCCAAUAACCUGACUCUUAGUUACACCCUGCUCAUCACUCUCACCCUCUGUUUUCUCUGUCCCUUGCUCUUCAUCGGUCAUCCUAGCACAGCCACCUGUGUGCUUCAGCAAAACAUUUUUGGAUUACUUUUCACUGUGGCUCUUUCCACUGUGUUGGCCAAAACUAUCACUGUAGUUAUAGCCUUCAAGAUCACUACUCCAGGAAGAGUUAGAAGAUGGCUGCUGAUAUCAAGGGCCCCUAAUUUAAUUAUACCCUUAUGUACCCUGAUCCAAGUUGUUCUUUCUGGAAUUUGGCUGACAACAUCUCCUCCCUUUAUUGAUAAAGACACUUACUCAGAACAUGGACACAUCAUCAUCAUUUGCAACAAAGGCUCAGCUAUUGCAUUUCACUGCACCNUGGGAUANUUGGGAGCACUGGCCCUAGGGAGCUACUUUAUGGCUUUCUUGUCCAGAAAUCUGCCUGACACCUUCAAUGAAGCCAAGUUCCUGGCUUUCAGCAUGCUGGUGUUCUGCAGUGUCUGGGUCACCUUCCUCCCUGUCUACCACAGUACCAAGGGGAAGAUCAUGGUGGCUAUGGAAGUCUUCUCUAUCUUGGCUUCCAGUACAUCACUCUUAGGCAUCAUCUUUGUCCCCAAGUGCUACAUCAUAUUACUAAGGCCAAAAAAGAACUCACUUCAUUAUAUCAGGGACAAUACACACCAUAGGAGAAAAAAACCUUCUUAA